AUGUUUUGGCCUUGGUGGAUCCUUAUUGGACUGGCGAUCAUUGGGUUGUUAGCGACGGCCUUGUACUGUUUUUGUGAUAGUGGGCGGAUCAGCCAUGCCAACAGUGUGCUCAAAGGAUGGGUCAAGCCAUUUUUAGGGAUCGAACCGACACCACCAACUAGUCCUCGACCCCCCUCACAUGUUGUGGUUCAAGUACCUCCGACAUUUGUGCCACAAAAUGGCACCACAUUGUCAAAAUUAGAUGGUGUUCCAAGUACGUUUGGCGGAAAUGUUCUUCCCAGCUCAAAAAACUCGGAAUUGUCCCUUGCAGCAGAACAGGUGCUUCCGAUCGUGAAACCUGCUGGACUCGACCCUAAAGACGUGCAAAUUACCAAACCAACGCAAUCAGAAUUCAGCCAUGCCAACAGUGUGCUCAAAGGAUGGGUCAAGCCAUUUUUAGGGAUCGAACCGACACCACCAACUAGUCCUCGACCCCCCUCACAUGUUGUGGUUCAAGUACCUCCGACAUUUGUGCCACAAAAUGGCACCACAUUGUCAAAAUUAGAUGGUGUUCCAAGUACGUUUGGCGGAAAUGUUCUUCCCAGCUCAAAAAACUCGGAAUUGUCCCUUGCAGCAGAACAGGUGCUUCCGAUCGUGAAACCUGCUGGACUCGACCCUAAAGACGUGCAAAUUACCAAACCAACGCAAUCAGAAUUCAGCCAUGCCAACAGUGUGCUCAAAGGAUGGGUCAAGCCAUUUUUAGGGAUCGAACCGACACCACCAACUAGUCCUCGACCCCCCUCACAUGUUGUGGUUCAAGUACCUCCGACAUUUGUGCCACAAAAUGGCACCACAUUGUCAAAAUUAGAUGGUGUUCCAAGUACGUUUGGCGGAAAUGUUCUUCCCAGCUCAAAAAACUCGGAAUUGUCCCUUGCAGCAGAACAGGUGCUUCCGAUCGUGAAACCUGCUGGACUCGACCCUAAAGACGUGCAAAUUACCAAACCAACGCAAUCAGAAUUCAGCCAUGCCAACAGUGUGCUCAAAGGAUGGGUCAAGCCAUUUUUAGGGAUCGAACCGACACCACCAACUAGUCCUCGACCCCCCUCACAUGUUGUGGUUCAAGUACCUCCGACAUUUGUGCCACAAAAUGGCACCACAUUGUCAAAAUUAGAUGGUGUUCCAAGUACGUUUGGCGGAAAUGUUCUUCCCAGCUCAAAAAACUCGGAAUUGUCCCUUGCAGCAGAACAGGUGCUUCCGAUCGUGAAACCUGCUGGACUCGACCCUAAAGACGUGCAAAUUACCAAACCAACGCAAUCAGAAUUCAGCCAUGCCAACAGUGUGCUCAAAGGAUGGGUCAAGCCAUUUUUAGGGAUCGAACCGACACCACCAACUAGUCCUCGACCCCCCUCACAUGUUGUGGUUCAAGUACCUCCGACAUUUGUGCCACAAAAUGGCACCACAUUGUCAAAAUUAGAUGGUGUUCCAAGUACGUUUGGCGGAAAUGUUCUUCCCAGCUCAAAAAACUCGGAAUUGUCCCUUGCAGCAGAACAGGUGCUUCCGAUCGUGAAACCUGCUGGACUCGACCCUAAAGACGUGCAAAUUACCAAACCAACGCAAUCAGAAUUCAGCCAUGCCAACAGUGUGCUCAAAGGAUGGGUCAAGCCAUUUUUAGGGAUCGAACCGACACCACCAACUAGUCCUCGACCCCCCUCACAUGUUGUGGUUCAAGUACCUCCGACAUUUGUGCCACAAAAUGGCACCACAUUGUCAAAAUUAGAUGGUGUUCCAAGUACGUUUGGCGGAAAUGUUCUUCCCAGCUCAAAAAACUCGGAAUUGUCCCUUGCAGCAGAACAGGUGCUUCCGAUCGUGAAACCUGCUGGACUCGACCCUAAAGACGUGCAAAUUACCAAACCAACGCCAUCAGAAGUCAUCCCCCCUAGCUUCACUCAGAAGAGAGGUGCCAAAACUACCAGACCCCCCAUCAAGAGAGCGUCCAUGAAACCAAUUCAGCCUGAUAUUGGCGUACGCCGCUACAAUAAGACGGUAUACUUGCGGAUUAAGAAUGCAAACUACAAUCUUAGUUAUCGGUCGAAAUCCAAACACAUGAGCAGAAAUGAAUUGACCGUGAGCAUUGCAAAGGCCAUGAGUAGGAAGCGAGCCAUCCACAUUCCAGUCAAUACGGUUUUUGAAGAGCCAACGGGCUGGCAAUUGUGGGAAACGACCAAAAGCGAUCGCGUGGUGUCCUCGAACAUGGUCCAAGUCAUGCAAUGCGUUCGAACAUCAGGAGAAAACAUUGACGUCGAAGACUAUGGCUUCAGAUACGUGAUAUUUGAGAGGUUGAACAUGGGUCAUCAUUUCCGUGGAACAAGAUUGAACCUCUGA